AUGUUUGUAUUCUGGAGAUACUCGUUAACACUUAUAGCCUUGGCUAUUACAUUAGCGCUUUUUGUCUCGCUUAUAAACUCGAGUUUAUAUUCCCUCAGUUUUACGCCUAACCUACCGUCCACUGAACUAUCAAGCAUUAGAAUAGAUACUAUUAUACCAGGUUUUGAAUCACAAGACUCUCAUCAACCCAUAUCAAAUGUACCAACUUCAUCAACUCCUUCAACUCCUACGUCUCAUAUUUCACAUACCACUUCUCCAACCACUACUCCAACCGAGUUAUCAUCAAAACCCAACAAAAAAACAGCAAAUCUUGCUGAUGGGUUUGUCAAUGUUUUGGGUCAAAAUCAAUCCCUUGCAAAUUGUACAACUCAAGCAAAAUUUUGUAGAGACGUACAAUGUGCUUUUAAGGAUUUUAGUGCGAUUUGUAAUAAUAUUCAAGG